AAGUCGCUUCAACAAGAUAAACAAAUUGCAGACGGGGCUGGGGUUGUCAGAAAGUAUGACUUCCUCAAAGCGUUUAAUGUGGCCGUAAUGACGCUUGAACGCUCGAGUGAUGCGUUUCACUGCUAUGGGAGGACGCAAAAGGAAUGCCGGACUGACGGCGCUGAAUGAUCUCCGAGCAAAUUGACGGCGGUGCGUCGCCACCAUGUUCAAGCUGAAGGAGUUGGCCCGAUGGCUGGGCAUGACGGUGUUCGAGAUGUUCGUGCACCUCGUCUCCAUCACCCUGUUCUCUGUGAUGGUCGUGCUCAAGCUGGACAAGGCGUUCGACGUGUCCUGGUGGACGGUGUUUGUGUCCUUGUUCAUCUGCGACGGCUUGAACGCUUAUUUCUGCGUCAUCGUCUUCAUACGUCAGUACAUCGAAGGCGUCUAUAAGGCGGGCGCCUUUCGCGCUGUGUGGAGCUUUAUGCAACUGCUGCUAAUGUUUCUCUUUAAGUUAUUGCUGUGCCUCAAGGCCGAAGGACAAAAGAGUAGUCUCGUCUACUCGGAGGUGUUUGCGCCGCUCUUUAUUCUUCUCAUGCUCGUCAUGGUGCGCGCCUGUCAUCUGCACUGACGGGCGUUAGGCAUUUUGAGUGACGUCACUUCGAAGAGCUCCAGCCAACUCUGCUGCUGUUGUCUCGCUGUACAAAGCGCCGAAGAACGUUCCUGAAAUCUUGUUUGCGAAAGUUAUUUAUUUCUCGUUACGUUGCGGUGGUUUAUAAUUUCGGAGUCACGUGACUUAGGCGGAGUGAUGUGGUCUGAAAACGCCAUUUACUCGACUGGAGUGCCUACUUAAGAGGGAGACGGAGUUAUGUUUGAAGUACUACCACACUUAAGGCUGUUGGUUUUCAACGACACCUGCUAAUGUUCUGGCAGGUUUUUUUGGUUAGUGACUUGAGUGUUGUACAUAUCUUUCAUACAAGAACUGUGCAAGUCAUUUUAUUGUGUACGAAGACUAUAGGUUUCUAUCUUGACCUCUGUUAGCAGAUUCAGAAGCUUGCAGAAAGGUUGAAAGCACUGAAACUUUUGGCCGAAGCCUGCGUGUAAUAAAUGCAAUUUCUACAAUUUUAAAAA